UCCUCGUCAAUUAGUCAAGUGUCCAAUAUAUUUUUAAAAACAACUUUAAAUAAAAUAAAAAAAGAAAUAUAUUUUAGGAACGUUAAAAUUUUAUGAUCGAAAAACAGGAAACGGGAAAGUUGGGCUUAUUAGCUAUUAAGUCGGCGAAACCUGCAUACAUCUGGCCUUCUUCGUCUUCCCCACGCAUCUGCCCUAAUUGAAAACACAACACUCAGAAGCGGAGUAGCUGCAACCAAAUGAAACAAGAAGAAGUCAAUCGUUGCCAAAUUCAGGAAUGGUAUCCCAAAUUCAAACCCUUCUCUAUCAAAACCCUAAUUCACCAUCUUCCAGAAUCUUUCGUUAACUACCUUCUCGACGAUUCCGGCCCUUUCCUCCUUCCACUUUCCAUCUCCAACGACGAUGCUCUUCCCAAUAGAGUCAUUAAUCCCGAAGACGAACACGAUUACCAGUUGAAAGAAGGAUCCGAUGAUGAUUCCGAGCAAUCCACUUCGCCUCCUUCCUUUCCGGAGCUUGAAUCUGAUGUUAAACAGUCGAUUUCCUCCCUCGGAGGUUCCGUCUUUCCUAAAUUGAACUGGAGCGCACCGAAAGACUCUGCGUGGAUUAGCCCUAACGGAACAUUGAAGUGCUCUUCGUUCACUGAGAUUGCGCUCUUGCUUCGAUCGUCCGAUUCUCUUGUUCACGAUCUGUGUCACGCGUACGAUUCCUGCACCGACAAAUCUUCGUCGAGGCCAUUGAAGUUCUUCCUCGCGCUUCGCAAGUGGUACCCGUCCCUUCGGCCAGAGAUGGAAUUUCGUUGCUUCGUGAGGAAUCGGGACUUGGUUGGGAUUUCCCAGCGAGAGGUCACAACGUUCUAUCCUGCUUUAGUGGAGAAGAAGGAGAUCUUGCAACAAGUUAUCCGGGAAUUCUUCAUCGACCAUGUGAAGUCGAGCUUCGAAUCGGAGAAUUACACGUUCGAUGUGUAUGUGACGAAGAAUGAAGCUGUUAAGAUAGUGGAUUUCAAUCCAUGGGGUGCAUUUACACUUCCAUUGCUGUUCGAUUGGGAGGAAUUCGAAGAGAAGAAUGAAGAGAUUGAUUUCAGAAUCGUGGAGAGCCGGAGGGCGGUGAGGCCCGGAUUGAAGACGGCGGUUCCAUUUGAUUACUUGGAUACGAGCGCUGGAAGUGGUUGGGAUCAGUUCCUGAAAAACGCAGAUCAAGAAUUGCAGCAGCAGCAAACGAGAGAUGAUGAUUGAUUGAAUCCUCCAUUUCUGAUUCUUCUUUCUUUCCUUCCUUCCUCUCCAUUGAUGAACAUGGAUAGCUUGAAAGUUUCUUUCAUAAGUUUACUGAGAUUGGAUUAUCGAAAUGUUCAAACAAAGACGAGCGCUUUUCUUGUAGUAUUUUGACCACUUUCUUCCAAGUUGAUUUAUUUUAGACUAAAAGAAAACUAUGAAAAUAUAUGUUAAUUUUAGGGA